AGCUGAGCAGUUAAAGAAUGGAAAGGGGAGAGGAUUCACGUUCACUGUGACUAUAUUACAUUGUUGUCUGUAUUAUAAAUCCGUUUACUAACAUUCACCUGGGAAUCGUUUGUCACACGUCAAAUUCUCUUAUGUCCCACAGCUCCUGACGGCGCCAUCAGGCAGUUGCCGCGGGGGGGGCUGUUGCUAUGGUAACUGCCGCAGUAGCCACCUUAAGCUAACACUCAAACAAGUGAAGUGUUACCGAAAGUUUGUAAAAUGUCUAGAAACAUUGACCCUUUAUCGGUGGAGGAGGCUUCAGGAGGAGAAGAGGAGGAGGACAAGAGGACAGAGGAGGAGCAGAGAGGAGCUGCCGGGGAGUGGAGCCGGGAGACUCAGGUUCCAGUGAAGGUGUUACGAGCUCACGGAGACACCGUCACCGCUGCUCGAUUCUGCUUCAGCGACCGCUGCAUACUCAGCUGCUCCUCAGACUACACCGCUGUCCUCUGGGACGUGGAGAGCUGCAGACCUCUGAGGAUGUUCGAUGGAGUUCAUGGAAAAACCAUCACUGAGUGUGCUCUGAUCCCAAACAGCAACAGGAUGGUGACAGUCUCCUGGGAUAAGAAGAUGGUGGUCUGGGACCUGGAGACUGGACAGAUUGUGUGGAAGUCAAGGCAGGUCGGCCUCCUGACCUCCUGCAGCGUCUCCUCUGACGGCCGGCUGAUCGUUUGUGCUGCAGAUCCACAGAACGGAGUUUACAUCAGCGAUGCUGCCAGCGGACAGACGCAGCACCAUGUCAGUGAUCAUCACCGCUCCACCAUCACACGGUGCAGGUUCGACCCUCAGGGCCAGCAGGUGGCCUCAGUGUCUGCAGACCGAAGCAUCAAACUGUGGGACCUGAAGGUUCAGAAAACCAUUGUAUCCAUCAACAGUAACCACGGCAAUGUUGUCUCUGACUGCUGCUUCACCAGCAACGGGCACUUCAUGUGCACGGCAUCGUGGGAUAAAACGUUAAAGCUGUGGGACCUUCAGGCGGGAGGGUUUCGAUCUCAUGGCGGGACGUCGCUGCAGAGAGCCCACGAAGGCAGCGUGAGCUCCUGCAGCUUCUCUGCUGACGCAAACCUGCUGGUGUCCGGCUCCUACGACAGGACUGUUGCACUCUGGGAUACGUCUCCCCUCUGUCUGAGUCUCAUCAUGAAGGGCCACAGUGACUGGGUGACAGACGUGUCAAUCAGCGCUGACGGGAAGUUGGUUGCCUCCGCCUCCAAGGAUGGGACUGUGAGGUUAUGGGACAUAGAGAACAUGGAGGAGAUCCCGCAGGUAAUGGAGAAGAGGAGGACUGAAGGAUCAGGGAUUCACAUCCUCAAGUGUGCAGAGUGUGGAAAGCCGUUCCCAGUGUCCAGACUACAGACCUCAGAGCUGCUUACUCAAUGCGUCUUCUGUCGACUCAAAUCUCCAUCCAGAUACCGACCACAGCCUCCGCCUGUCAUGUGACUUCCUGUUUGAGAGGUCAGAGGUCAUCUACAGAGCAACAGCUGGUAGGGAUUCAGCAGACAGAAUCAGACAGAAUCCUGGAGAAUCAAGUACCCUCUCAGAUUUUGCUGAGUUUGUCUUGUAUGUAUGAUGUUUGGGUCCCAAAACUAAGACCUGUAAAAUAUUUUAGUUCAAUUCAGAUGGUUUUAUAUGUUUUUGGCCCUGCUUAUUUUUGACGUUUUACACUCACACCUUAUCUGUGAAGCCACGUUCAGGCAUUAUACUUUGGCCUAAUAGAAAAUCAGCAGGCUACAGAGUUUGAUGAGGACAGGAAUAAAACUGUUCAACAUGUUAAUAUCUAAACUUCACUGAUAAGAUGUUUUUGAGUAAAAAUGAAAUAAUAUCAAGGGCUGAAAAAAUCUGUUACAGAUUUAGACAAGUAUUGAACAAAAUCUGAGACGAUGCUGCAACAACCUGAUCUGUUCUGACACAGAAUAACUCAUUGAAGUGAAGUGGAUAUUUUUGGGUUUGGUCAAAAAUUGGACAAAAUACCUGAAGAUGUCACUGUGGUCUAUGGGAAAUUAUAACAGUCAUUUUUCAUAAUUUUUCAGCCAUUUUUCAACAUUUUAUAGACUAUAAAGACUGUACACUACACUAUAGGUUAGUCAAAAAAUAAUAAUCAGAUUAAUCAGUUAUGUAAAUAAUUGUUAGGUGCAGUUCUACAGUAACCUGCGUGUCUCUCAGCUGCUGCCUAUUCUGUUGUGAUCACAAACAUUAACAAAAGUAUAAACUACUCACCAGAGGAUAUUGGUGUCAUCCAGGGAUGAUUAACCUCCCUGCACUUUAUACUUUUUAAUACUAUCAAACUACAUAGGCUGGUAUGUAAAUGUAUGUGCUUCUUGUAUCGUCGCUGCUCGUCCAUGUAAAUGUGUAAUUAAAAAGCAAGUAGAUAGGUGCUGUUUGUCUUACCAGUAGUGUAGUCAAAGGAGAAAAUUAGGUCAUUGAAAACUUGUUUUGUUUUUUUGAAUAAAUGACAAUCUGAUUGAA